GCUGGAUGGAAAACAGAAGAAGAAGAAGAAGAAGAAGAGCUUAAUGUCACUCAUAGAAGAAGAAGAAGAAGAAGCCACAGUCUGCGGCUCACGUCAAUGAGCUCUCCUAGAAGCAGAGCGAAGAUGGUGCACGUGUACAACUGUCAUCCGUACGCCUCUCAGCAGAUCGUGCAGGUGGAGCAGGAGCCCGGGUUGGUCUGCUGUGGAGGUGGAGCUCUGUUCGUGGUCGCUGCUGGAGGAUGCAAGGUGGAGGCGUACAGUGUGGAGCAGGAGGGCUGCCCGCUCCUCUGCCGCUUCGCCACCAUGGGCACAGUGAGGAGCAUCCAGCACAGCAAGACAGGAGACUACCUGGUGACCAUUGAGGAAAAGAACAGCGCCACCUACCUGAGAGCCUACACCAACUGGAGACACCAGGCCGAGGGUAAAGCCCGUGUCGGGGUGCGUUUGCUGGGCCACCUGCUGCGUGGGGCGUCUGUGCGGGGCGGAGUGCAGAUGGAGAUCAUUGAGAUUCCUCUGUCGGAGCGUCCUGUCGCUGUGGCGUGUUGCUCGGUCACAGGGGACCUGCUGGUCGGCUGCGAGAACACUCUGGUUCUGUUCACGCUGAGGAGACCGAACCAGCAGAACCUGCAGAGUCAGAGUCCCUGGCCGAACACGCAGCAGAGCUCCAGUCAGAGUCAAGGUCAAAACUCAAGUUCAAACCAAAACGUUUCCAUCCUGGACUUUGAACGCUCGGUCAUCGUGCACCUUCCGAAAAUGUCACCUAAACAGGUGGCGCUGUGUGGAGGAUAUGUUGCGGUGCAGGCAGAGCUGGAGGUGCUCGUACUGAGACUGGAGGCAUCUUCUGAUCCUAAACCUCUGGACGACUCCCCGGACACAGACACGUGUGUCGAUCCUCUGGAGGACCAGUCCGACCUCCUGCUCGUUCCGAGGCAGCAGGAGUUGCUGGGUGAUCGAGCUAAAGACUGUGACAUGCCUGUCAGCAUUGAGAAGACAGGGCUGGAGGACAAAGGACAAUACACGCUGUCAUAUGUUCUUUUCAGGCGUUUUACUCCAGAGUUUUUCCAGGGCUGCAGCGUGGACGAGACGCAGCUCCACUCCCUGCAGCUCUACCCGCUGUACACCAGUAACCAGUCAGCGUCCUCAGAGGACCCAGCGUGUGUGUUCUGCUUCUUCUCGCUCCCCAACGCCGGAUACCUGUACAGUCUGAAGGGUGGAGUCGAGCUGCUCUCAGCCUAUCAGUAUCCAGAGAAGGUCCUGGAGGCGGUGUUAACAGACCACCUGCUGCACGUCAUCACGAAGAAUGCGUUGCAGUGUUUCACGGUGCGCUGUGCGGCCUUAGCAACCAGGAUCGAAGACCCCUACAUAGAUACCACCAUGAAGGCCUGUCCGCCCUGCAGCCUCGAGGUGUGUGCGCUCCGGAUGCAGUUGUUUAUCGGCCUGCGCUCAGUGUGUGUCUACGGCCGCCACGUCAUCCUGCUCUCUGCCGCCGACACGGAGACACCGGAGGAGACCGAACGCAGCACACAGCGCCGCGGCCUCCAGUUGAAAGAACACACCACGCUGACUGGUAUUUUCCUGGCGGUGGGAAUCGACCCCGCAACCACGCCGGCUCUGGAGAGCUUUCUGUCACGCCCCUUCCUGAGCAGGAAGUGGACGAUCUCCUCUCCUAAAGAAACCAGCGCAGCCGGACACGGGUGGAACCUGUACGUGGUCGACACCGUCUCUCCCCUCACGCUCUACCGAGAGAUGGUGGAGUACAGCCAACACUAUUCAGAGACCAGCCCGCAGGCCCAAAGCCUUCGGCACCUCCUCAGUGAAGCUCACCUCCUCCUCUGCGCCUCCUCGCUGCAGCAGAGCAGCGAGGACGACCGCUCGGCGUCUCUGCAGGAAGACGCAGACAGACGGACGGAGAGACAGGCGGCUGCACAGAGAGACAGGGAAGAGCUGCAGGAGGCUCUGAGGCAGAACUGUGCACAGCUGGGAGACUGUUACAGCAGGGCGAGCCAGAAGGACUGUCACCAGGCUCUGCCGUACUACAGGAUGUCCGGUCUGUCAGUCACAGAGGUCAUGGUCAGGAACCGCCCACUUCCCAGCAGCCCUCACUCCUAUGGCCUCGGCUUCCUGUUUUACCUGAAGCAUUUCCUCUUAGAGGAAACGGAGCAGAGCCUCAGUCAGGAAUCAGCCGACGAGGUCAUAGACAUCUUCAGCCAAUCAGAUCCCUCAGAGCUCAUCAGCGUGUGUGCCAGCCCGUCCAUGACAAACAUCAGUCCGGCUCGGACGCUGCAAAUCUUCCAACAUCUGGAGGACAGCGCUGGCGUGUCGGUCCCGCUGACCAUCACCAUGGCGACCAUGAUGCUGCGUCUAGACAACCUGCCACAGUUCUCACAGCUGAUGGACAGACACCCAGAGAUGCUGCUGGUUUACGGUUUCAUCGAGGAGCCGAGGCUGCUGCUUCACGGUGGAGGCGGCGGCCCGCACACGCUCGUCCGUCCCACAGCGUUGACUCGCCAGCUGGCAAAGUCCCAGCCAGGACUGCUGGUGGCCGGGAUGGUGGCUCUGCAUGAGAACAACAAGGCUCAGCUGGAACAGGCUGACCACAUAUUCAAGGAGCUGGGCUGUGAGAACUGUUUACUGGUUGAUUUCUGGGAGGCGACCCUCAUGGCCUCCUCACAGGAAGCUGUCAUCCAGGAGCUUCUGUUCAGACUGGCUUCUGUCUACAUCGACCGGCUGACGCGCACAAACUCAGACACACACUCCAGCCUUCCUCACACUCGUCCAAAACGCAGGUCGUUGAAGAGCGCUGAAGAUCUGAUCAACUCCAGCUCCCAUUACGGUGCUUUGUACCCGUGGCUCACUGUUCUGUGUCCCGCUCACACUACCAUCUUCCAACACCAGGAGGCGUUACACAAACUGCAGUCUCUCCUGUGUGGUCCGUCCAUGUCCAUUGGUUCUGUCCUCCCUCUGUUGGAGCGCCUGUCGGAGGAAACCCUGUGGGGCUUCAGCCUGCACCUCCUCUGCGCAACCAGAAGGGGGCAGUUUGACAGCUGCAUAGAGGAGUUGCUGGACAGAUGUCCUCAGGCCAUCAUAGCCUUCGCCAAUCACCAUCUGCAGGACAGGAACAUGGCGUUAUGGUGGAAGAAGCUGCUCCCAGAACUGUGUAAUCGGACGAGAGCUGCAGCCGACAACAGCAUCCUACUGGCUGCUCUCAAAGAGACGCUGGUAGUGGUUGCCACGGAGACCAGCCCGGCACAGUUCCUGGAGCUCAUACCUGACGACGGCACGGCAUCGUACUUCCUGCCUCACUUGUUGACGUGUGGCCAGAGACACCUGCUGACCUGAGACACGCAGUGUUCCACUCAGCCUCCGAGUCUGUGCUGAAGAUGAUUCAUCACUGUGCUGAAGAUGAUUCAUCACUGAAAGAAAAAUAUCUUGAUUCUAGAAUAAGAACACGAUGAACAGCCAAACCAAAAACUGUAACGAGGCCCCGGCAACACCGUAAAUCACAGAUCUUAACAGUAUUAUUACUUCAUAUCAUCACGGCGUCAGUAUUAACACGACAUGGUUAGGAAAUAUCAAGAUCACUGUAAAACCACACUUUGUAUGGACGCUGAAUAAAGAUGAACGACACCUC